AAAAAGAAAGAAAAAGAGAAAGAAAAAGUGAUACUUUUGAAUAGAAUCUGAUAAAUGGAUUAUGAGUUUAGUUAAAGUUCAUGCAUGAUCCAUAUAUAAGGGUUGAACACUCAUUGAUUCAUUAUACAUAACAAUUUGGAUGGUGUGAAUUGAAGAUGGCCAACAUGCAAAUUGUCCCAGCUUACAAUAACAUUGUAGAGGCACAGUAUGUUGAAAUGAUGGUUCCAUUGUAUUCUUAUGGAUGUGAGAAGAAAAUAAAGAAAACCUUCUCCAAUCUUAAAGGCAUAUACUCUGUGAACGUGGAUUACUAUGAACAGAAGGUGACUGUGUGGGGAAUUUGCAACAAAUAUGACGUGCUAGAAACCGUGAGAAGCAAGAGAAAAUAUGCAAGGUUUUGGAACCAAGAAGACAAUGUUGUAUUAGAGAAAUCACAAUCAUCCUCAUCUUCACCAUCACGUUUUCCUCCGAAAGAUUUCAAACCCUCUUUAGCUUUAACCAAGGUUUGCUCUCUCAGUUUGAAAGCAUGGAAGAAGAUCUUCACUAGAUCAUAUUCUUUCUGAA